UAAGCAUAAUGAUUAUAAUUAUAUAAAUUAGAAGGUGAACGUGAAAAUGAAAAAAAAUGUCUACAAACAUAUUACAAAAUUGGUAUGGAAAGAUUUACGUGUUUUUGACAAUAUUUUAUCUGCAAAGCCACACCAGGGCAAUGUGGUGUGGAAAUGAAUGUUGCUCUGGUUUUAUUUGAGAUGAUGGACAUGGUACCUGUAUACCAUGUAAGAACGGAUAUUAUGGAAGAAAUUGUACCUUUAGAUGCUCUUAUCCAUAUUUUGGAAAAGAUUGUCGGCAAAUGUGCAACUGUUCUCAACGUGAUUGCAAUUAUAAACAUGGCUGUAGAAUGUUAUCUAAGGAUUGCGACCUUGGAUACACUGGGCCCUCAUGUGAAAUUCCAUGUCGCUAUCCUGCAUAUGGAUAUUUUUGUCAGGAGUUCUGCAAUUGUGAAGAAAAAUGUUGUAAUCCUUCAACUGGAUGUGAAGUUGGAUCUCCAACAUUUGAACCACCCUCCAAAUCAACAACCAAGAAAUCAACGAAUACAAUAUUAUCAACAACUACAAAUUGUUACACUGGUUUUGUUGGGCACUACUGCAACAUUUUAUGCCGCUAUCCCUCCUAUGGACAUUUAUGUCAGAAAUCCUGUAACUGUGAACAGAAGUUGUGUGAUUUCUCCACUGGAUGUAAAGCUGUGUCUUCAACUAUUGAACAACUAUCUCCAUCACAAACAGAGAAAUCAACACUAAGAGUGUUGUCAUCUAAUUCAGGUAUAUUUACACAAAUGCAUUUAUUUUUCAGUUGCAGGAAGUAAAAAUAUUUCUUUAUAUUUGUUUUAUUCGUUCUCGGGAUAAAUGUAAAUAUAAAUAUUGAAUACUGAUUGACUGC